ACGAUCUCUAAACUCGAUCGGGCUUCUCGGGGGCCGCUCGCGCGCUGUUGGUCCCGUCGCCGCCGGGCUGCCGCUUUUGCCGUCGUCGGUCCCGCUCGCUGGAAUGGCUCUGUCCGCACACCUGUACCGCGCCGCCCGGCCCGAGCUUCGGCCGCUGCUCUGAUCCGUCGCUUGGAUACUCGAAGCGCGUGCCGUCGUGAAGUGCCCACAGCAGACCCCGACCAGCCCAAUGGAUUACGGCCGCGUGGGACGCGGAGCUCUUCGGCGGGCCCCUCAGCCAUGCCCAUGCCCCUGGUGCCCGGCGAGGCAGAGCCCGAGGAGGAGGACAUCGGGGGACGAGGGGAGGAGGACUGGUGCGUGGGAGGGGAGAUGCGCAGGCCCAUGAACGCCUUCUUCAUUUUCUGCAAGCGGCACCGCAGCGUGGUGCGUGAGCGCUACCCGCACCUGGAGAACCGCUCCAUCACGAAGAUCCUCGGAGAGUGGUGGGCCACCCUGGAGUCCGAUGAGAAGAACACCUACACCGAGCUGGCCAAGCAGUACAAGGAGGCCUUCAUGAAGGCCAACCCCGACUUCAAGUGGUGCAAGAUGCCCACGCCAACGACGCGCACCCUGCUGACGCGCACCAAGGGGGGCAAGGGGGACUCUCUGCGCUGGAGCCCCGACCACCCCCGGGCCGAGGAGAAUCACGCUGAGGGGGACCUGCCGCGCCUGCCCACGCCCAAGGGAAACCACCCCCGAGACCCGACGGGAGGAGACCGACGGGAGGAUGGCGUGGCCGACGCCGUCGAGGAGCGGCGCGUGAAGCUGGGCCCGGCCAUUUCGACAACGGAGCCGCCGCCGCCGCCGCCGCCGCCUCCUGUUACGGCAAACCCUGCCCCGGCGGCGCUUAACCCUCCCAUGAGCUGCAAGCCCCCCAAGAAGCGCUACCUGGAGAACAUGGAGAACGGCACGUACGGGUCGGGCAGCGCGGCGGCGGCCAGGGUCAAGUCGGACUCGUCCCCGUCCCCCUCGCCUUCCCCUUCGCCCGCGCCCUGUGGCGUGGCCCAGCCCGCCGGCCGGACUUCAACCGACCAGCAGACGAACAAUGCCUGCACGGCUCUCCUCGAGCUGGCUGAGGGAUGCCAGACGACCAAGAAACCCGCCUGCCGGCCGAAGCCCCCUGACUUCGGUCCAGCCACGGAGUCUCGAGAGGGCGGCAGUAGUCCGCCGGCCAGCGUUGCUCCCCGAGGUUUCGGCCCCAUCCCCAUGUUCGACGUAUGUGCAGCCAACCGCAUCAUCGACCAAGCCUUCAGCCAGACGGCGCCGACGACCACGGCCGGCCCCGCGUCGGUCACCGCGGCUCCGCCCUUUCUGGCGACGACUGCCGCGCCUCCUGCCAUCGCGACUGCGUCAAACGCUGCGCAGACAACUGCCGGCGCUCCGGCCGGAGGCUUCUUCAACGUGUCGUCCGCCAAGAGUUUGGCGCAGUCACUGAGCCGCGCAGAAGACGAGGAAGAGCCACUCAACCUGUCGAAGGAGAAGCCGACGACGACCAUCAAGGCCUGCCAGCAGGACAUCAUCGACCACAUCAUCGAGAAGUUCCUGUGCGGCCCCAGCAACGUGGCCCCACUGGACGGCACCGUCUUCUCGGCCGACGGAUCUUCGCGACACCCCGAGGAGAACGUGGCCCUGGCGGCCGCCAUUGCGGGCGCUCAGCCGCAGCCUCGUGCCGCCCUUCCGCCUCCGUCUGGGGACGGGGAGGACUCGGCCGAGUCCCCCAGGAGACCUAGCAAGGCGGGUGUGGCUCGGAGAAAAGGGCCUUCAGCGUCGUCACCGAACAAGCGGGCCCGUCUGGCGCAGGCGCAGGACGAAGACGGCGGCAGCAGCCCUGAGCGCGGGGAAUGUGCGGGGUCUCGCAAGAGCCAGCGGUCGUGCAAGGGGCAGCGCUACCAGGCCCUGCUUUCGGAGGGGGUGCUGCCCGGGGCCGCCAAGGAGAGAAAGGGGGGCAAGAGGGGCGAGGGGGAGGAAGAGGACGGCGGCAGGGAGGAGGGCGAGGAGGACGCGGACAGGGGGCGCAGGAAGGGCUGCAGGGAGGAGGACGGCGGUGGCAAGGCGUCCAGGAAGGCCAGUGGGAGCUUCAACCUGGACGCUCAGAUCGCCGCCCUGCCCAAGUGCAGCAUGGAUUCCUUCACACGGCGGCGCAGCAACAAAAAGAAGUGCAAGGGAGGAGCGGAGGACGGGGAGUUUGCGUGCCGUGACGACCGCUUCCAGAGCGACACGGACCCGUCCAAGGACCCCGACUUCCGGCCCAGCCCGGCCGGCCGGCGUCCAAGGCAUCGCAGCGAGUCCGGGGCCUCCAACACAGACAACGACGCCCCCGCCGACGGACCCGACAGUCCCGAAGAGGCCCCCUGCUCCCCGGGGGGAAGCAGGGACCUCGCUACGCCCAAGAAGUUCAAGACUGGGGACUUCGACCUUGACGAACACCUCGCAGCCCUUCCCAGGUGCGACAUCGAGGUCCUCAGUCGACGAAGAAAAGAGCUUAGGCGCGAUUCCGGAUCCUCUAGUGGCAAGCAAGGUAGGUUUGAGACUGGUGCAAAAAAGGGAGCGGUCAGCACGGCCCAGCAUUUUUCCCUUGCAGGCUCCAAAAUCGAGGACUCUGGCACGGAAUCGGACCAGGGAGCCGGCUCGGAGUCCACGGAAGAGAACGGGGUGAGGGAUUGGCACAGUGGAGAGGAGGAAGAAGCAGGAGAGGGAGAGCGCACCAGUCCCAAGAAGGACAAGAGAAAGAAAGGAAAAGGGGCUGUUCGAGAAGAAGACCUUCCCAGCGGCCUGGCAACCCUGGCCGACAUUGCGUUGAGUCAAAAAGAGAAGAUGCAAGACUGACAAAGGGGGUUGCGGAGGAGGAGAAGCAAGAGGACAACUCGCGCUUCGAAGCAAUAACAGCAGCGUCGGUGGGCUGCUCCCAGAGUCGCUGCCCCAGCUCUACUAGAGCUGUAGGAGUCAUCCGAACCUGAAGCCCAUACUUGGCCUAAGACUGCAACUCCACGUGUUUGUGUGUGCUCUCGCAGCAAGCUUUCGUCAUUGUUUAUUUUUGUGUGUAGAACUUCGCACAUUUCUGAACCAAGAGCCGACCGGACACAAGCUCGAACUUGACACGCACGGAGCCGUUCGUCUCGCACCAGCAACCAUUGUGACUGACAGCCGUACCAUCUUUUUAAAAUUUUUUUUUUUUAUUUCCCAUUGUGUGGUAGUGCUUUGGCCUGAACUCAUUUUUGUCAGGCCCCACAAAGUGGUGCGACUGAACAGCUGUCUUAAGAAAGUGUGGGCUGCGACGUUGAUCACGGACGUCGCUCGUCGAGAACGGUAUCACCCGCGGCGUGAAUGCAGACGUCUGGUGAGUUUAUGGCAAGGACUCUGGCCAUCGGUGUCUUAAGACUGGCACUUUGCUGUGAUCCGUGUCAGAAAUAAUUUUCUAUGCUGGAUGUUUUUUUUUUCUUUUUCUUUUUAAAGAGAGUGUGGAAGGGAAGUUGUUUACAUAAGGAUCCUGUGUCACUUGUGCAUCCCUGCAGCAUCUUUUUCUGUGUGUGUUUUGGAGAGUACAUAGUUUCUUGGGUUAUGUAUGUUGGAGGAGCAAACAUCUAAAGGCGGGAGCGACAUCCAGACAUGUAGGCUAGUGGUGACCAGUCAGAAGCUACCAGCGGAUGAUUAGCGAGUUUCGGUCUGCCCCUUGUACAUAAGAGCAUGAGUAUCUGUGGUGUCUUGAAAGGAAAGGAGAAGCAGGAAGGGCCACUCUAGGAAGGAAAGGUUCACGUGAGCAAAGUCGUUACGCUUGGCAGAGUUACGUCGUUAAACUGAGGCUGGCUUCAUUUUGUUUUCCCGAAAGUAAGGGGGCAACAUGCGUAUGUACAUAUACACAGUUACACAAAGUAAUGCGAUGAACAUGUAACAUUAAGCUCUGUAAGGAAGACUAGCACACAUCUGCUUUUGCUCUCUCUCUCUCUGUCUCUUUCAGUGUAGUUUCCUCUUAGCAUCGCAUGUUUGGGAUAUGUACAUAGCGAGGUAGACUAUUUUAAAGCAAGAUUUUUUUUAUAUGAGCAACAUGUCCCUAGUAAAAGUUGUGUGAUACGCAGGCAGAAAACAAAAAAAGUUCCACAUCUCAGGAGCACAAUUUUUUUUUCUGGCAUCCUAAAGUGUUGGCUGUUUUUUCAGAACUUGACUAUUCACUGUGCUUCCCGUACCGUUAAUCCUUUUUCCUUUUCAUACAAUGGGCUGUUCCUGCCCUGAGCUGCUUAUGUCAUCCAAACCAAGUAAAUUAAUUGAGCACUCAAACCCUGUGAUUAUAUUAGUGAUUUAUAAACAUCUAGAAUCUGUACAGGCUGUGAAGAGGGAAAGUUCUUCAGUUUGCUCACAUGCUGUCAAUGCACCAGUUGUGUCAGCUUUAAUAUUCCUCAAUUAUCCUAAACAGAGAUGUUUCAUCAGAGCAGUUGGCAUACUUAUGCUAUGGCAGCAGGGAAAUGUGAGGAAAGCCUGCAAAUUAGUGAACAUUGUUGACCAUUUGGCAAGCUUCCAUCGCCUUGCUGCAGUAUCAAAUAUCAGUUGUCACUACAGUGGUUUAAGAAGCAGUUUUAGAAGUAGUUCUGGAGCACCGGGCAUGAGUGGUGGCAAGGUUAAUUGGUACUUUUUAUAAUAUAAACAAUGCAAGUUUUUGAAAUUAUGGGAUUAAAAAUUUCAGAGUAAUUUGGCCCCUAGAUGUUUUAUUCCUAAAGCCAAAGACUUCAGGGGUAGAAAGGGUCAAAGAGCACUCUAAGAUUAGGCCAGCGCAUUUGUUGCAUUAAGUUAGUACUAUAAUACUAUGUUGUGCGAAUAUGGAGGAAAGUUGUUUGGUGCUUGUAUGGUCAUGAUAGGCAGAAGUGGGGUCCAUUUCGUUUAUGACUGUGCACACUGCAUAGCAUAUAAAGAAUAAUUUUUUUACUCAUGGUAAUCCUUUAAGUGCAGUGAUCUGUUUUACAAUCGCGGUAUAUUCGAUUAGUCUGGUUAAUUUUUCACUCAAAAAACAAUGUAUGAUAAUGAUCUUGAAGACCAGACAUUUUAUGUGUGACAGAGUUCAAAGAAAGUUUCCACUACCGGACCUCAGGGAGAAAAAGCUAUGCAGUUUUAUGAAACUCUGUUUCGAUAUGGCUUAAUCUGACUUUCAAGAAACAUAAUUAGGAAACACCUCAGAUUCUUUUAAGCUAAAAACAAAUAUAUAACUUGCUAUCUAUUGGUUACCUAUGCUAUGCAUAGAAGUGUGGCAUAUUGGUAUUUGUCAAAACAAGAGAGAAACAUAUUGUGUUCCUGUACAAUUUCUUGCUACCAUUUUUUUGCAGUAGAAUCAAAAAUGUUUCUACACCACAACCUUUCUAUGCAGUUUGAUAAAACCCCUGGAUGUGCUGUUGUAAUGUUUGGUAAGCUGGGCAUUGGGCUUGUGAUGUGCAAAGUAAUUUGCUCGUUGAAAAAUUGUGACAUGACUAAAUGCUCGUUUUUGUCUUAUUGCACUCCCCACUUUUCUGUUUUUCACUGUUCUUUCUCGACGAUCAAAUUUAAGGUUUUAGCAUAGCCUUUGUCUCAUUGAACCUAGUUUGUUUAUUGAACAAUUUGAACUGAGCAACACUUUGUGUGUGAUAGGGGACAUGCCUGAUUAUCAAAGGCUGCCUUGAAACGCAAGAUCAAGGAUAUUUUACGUAGCUGUUUUACAAUUGUUUCUUCUAAGUUAUUUCCGUUUCAUGUAACCGUUUUAGGUGCAGUUUCGAACAAGAUACAUUGUGACAUGUUACGGCUCGGGACUUGGUUAAAGAAGAGAAAGAAAACUAAACUGUGCUUCAUCUCAUUUGACUUGUGACAUGUGAUAAAUCUUGUUGUGUGUAACUCAAACCAGGGCAAGACAUGCACUAUGGUUGCUUUUGGGACAGUUUUGUCCGAACGACAAUGAGUAAUUUUCAGUUAUGUCAUCAAUGAAGUUGGAGCAUUAAAAAGGUGAAGCAAAUGACAGGCUUUUUGUAAUAUCGAGUUGUUUUUUUUUAUCAGGUUCUUUAGUACCAUUAAAUAUUACUACCACACUAAUUAUCAUUACAGAUCAUACAACUUGUAGUUUUUCAUAAAGCAGUCGGUUUGCUUUUUCAUGGAACUUUCUGGCAAGGUUUUGUAAUAAUAGGAGUGCACCAAAAUUUUCACGGCAAGUCUAAGACUGAACUGGUUUAAUUGGAUGAGCAUGACAGAUAUGUUAUGUUGUACUACUGUAGUCACUGACCAGAUGGGAAUGGUAGUGUGUCUCUUUCAAAUGCCUGGCCUCCAGCGUGCGCUCGUUGCCUUCCUCUGUGCUUUGGCCGCGCAUGCACGCUUGUGGCUCGAGAUGCUGAAACGUUAUCGAAGGUAGAAAGCUUCUUCUGGAGGAGGAAAAACUGAAACUUCUCCCUGCCCCUCUCUUCCUGUCAGUGAGUAUAGUUAGUGCUUUUGGUACUCCUAAGUAAAAUUCAGCCCCCCCCCCCCCCCUCCUCCUCCUCUUAAAAGAAAAAAAAAAGCUGUUUCAAGUGUGGCAACGUAGGGUAUCCUUUCAAAUGCCACUUUUAGUUGAAAAGCGGUGUUCCAGCUUCCUUUGUGUCACGCUCGUGAACAACUGUACUCUUAACAAACGAUCGGUUCAUGCCUUGCACCGUUUUCUGCUACUGUCGCGUUGCAUUUAUGUUUGCGUUUCGUGGACAUGUCCGAUAAACGGCCCUGCCGACGGAAAGAGCUCGUACUAGGCAGUGUUGCUCGUAAUGUUUUCAAGGUCUAGUUUUGAAGUUGCUCUUGGUUUUCCGAGGAAGGCUUGCCCACUUUUCGCUGCCCCUUUUGCGAGGAACGGGAAAAACAUUAGGCGGGACAUCUCCCUUAGUCACUGACCUCACCUACACAAAUUACGGUGUACAUGCACUCUCAAAGUUAUGCACAUUUUAGAUGUAAUUGUAUAGUAGGAGUGACUACUACGACUGUUCAAACAAAAGCUACUAUAAGCCUGGUUGAGCCCGAGUUACGCCGUGCGAGGGCCGAGGUGGGAAAUUGAAGCACUUGGAUUAGUUUUCUUAGUGACUUACAGCUUUAGGUAUACAAUGCAUUCCUGUUUGCAUUACUUGCCAGUCACGACCAGCUCUCUUUUGGGUGGUUGGUGUCGUCUGGGAAAGCAUUAUCUCUGUUGUAAACUCCAAAUUCACAUUGUUUCGAUUUUUUUUCUUCAGUUUUUAAGGAUUUUUUUAAGCUAGGCUUGGUGCAGUUCAGUACAUUGAACUGCUCUUUUGGGCGAUUUAAAUAACAAGUGACGCACACGUCGUCGGUCCGUCUUCUUCCCGCCUUAGUUUCCCACCUCUGCCGCUAGGGUCGACAAGAUCAAAGGAACAGUAUCCAUGAGAAUCGAGUGCGUCGUGUCGUGGUCGUCCCGUCGCGUGGUUUGCCGAGACAAACUGCGCUGCGUUUUCUAAGAACAAAAAAAAAGGUGUGCAUGUCUGGCGUGUUCACGCCGCAAGGGGUUGGUCGUCCUGUUGACGAGUAGGAUGGUCACGAGUAGAGCGAGUUUUGUAUGGGGCACCUAUUCGAGGAGAGAGAGCUUUGUCGCUCUCCUUGCAAGGUGUUUGGGGUGGUGCUGUCGCAGAUAUAGUUUGUGAUAUCGACGUUGGUUGGUGGAAUGGCUUGCCGCCUCUUGAGGAGAAAUGCGCACAAACCUGUGUACAGUUGUGUGUAUGACGACGACGAUGAAUUUGUUUCAAGGCAGUGUCUCGCCUUUUUUUUUUUUUUGUGCGUGUGUAGGUUUGCUUGUCAUUGUUUGGUGCUGAAAUGAGAGACGAGUGAGAGAGGUUAUUUAUCGCCACUUUUGAUUGUGAGACGUGAUGAUACAAUGAUAAUAAAAAAAAAAGAGAAACGUC